UUUUUUUUAGUUUUUAAUACAAAUUGAAAUGAAAUAAAUUAAAUUUAUUAAAUAACGUAAACUUUAAAAUACUAAGUACUUUUGCCUUAUUUUCUUCGUGAAGAAUAGAAACGAAAAGGUUAGAACCAAUUUUAUGGAAACAAUGAAUCCUAACAAAAAGGCAAAAAUCUUAGAAGAAUGUGAAAAUUUAAUGGAUUUAAAUGAUGACUGCUUGUUAUAUCUUCUACGAUUUUUCAAAUUACUCGAGUUAAUGAAGCUUCGUGGCAUUUCUUGUCGCUUUGAUAGCUUGAUUUUUCAAAGUUGUAAAAGAUUCGGAACUCUCAACUUUAAAGAUUUGCCGGAUAUUUUAAAAGAAAGGUUUUUGGAAGUACUUGAGUUUUUAGGUCCAGCUGUUAAAUCACUUGAUAUGGAAAGUUUUGAUAAAAGUUACCCAAAUUUCGAACCAUCAGUCAUUCUGGAAUGGAUUGACACUCAUUGCGUUGACUUGAAAAGGUUCAGAAAUUCAAAUAUCGAUCUUCAUGAAUCCACGGCAAUCCAAAAGUUUAGUCCGCUGGUUACACGGUUGAAAUCUUUGACCUUGACGGGUGAAAUUUGUGAUAAUAAUUUGAGUGAUUGUUUUGUUGAUACUUCACUUGAAAAAUUGAAAGUUUAUAGUAACCACAAGAUCACUGAAAAAUUUUUCAAAAAUGUAUCAAAUUUGAAAUGCUUGAAAGUUAGGCAUUGUAAAAAUAUGAUUGAGAGUUCUUUCAUAGAAGUUUUGAAAAACAAUCGUAACUUGAAAACGUUGUUAGUGUAUAUCUGGGAGCCGACUAUUGAAGGCAAUCAAGAAUUGAUUAACUUUAUAACAGAAAAUUUACAUGAAAUUGAAGAUCUGGAGUACUAUUCACUGUAUAUUAACACUAAUCAUUUAGCUGAGUUGCCUAACUUAAAGAAACUCAAACUUGGACAAACAAUUGGCAAAAAUAGAACAGAAUUGAUUUCUGAAGAGAUAAAUAAACUUUUGGAGAAACUAAGUCAAAAUAAUAUGAUGGAAGAACUUUCUGUUCUUGGCGUCAGAGGUCGCAUUGAUAUUGGUUUGCUUUCAAAAUUAACUAAUUUGAAGCUGUUCUCUUUAAAUGGAGGUGAAACACUUACAAAUGCCGAUUUGAAAAAACUUGGAAAUCUUUUAAAUUUGGAGCAAUUAAUACUUCCGAAGGUUGAAAGCCUAUCAAUGAUUCGAUUUUUAUCAAAACUUGAAUAUUUAUGUAUCGAAAGUGCUGCAAUAGAUGUUGAUAUUCUUGAACGCACAAUUCAAAUAUUGAGAAACUUGGAACGCCCAAAACUGCAUCUUUUUGUUAGCGAUUUUUAUGCUGAAGAGCAACUUGAAAGGUAUCACAAAUUGAUAAAAGAUAAUAAAAAUAUCAUAGAGUUGAGCUUUGCUUAUUCCGAUAUGGAUACGGAAAAUUUUUAA